UUCAGCUCCCCAUAAACCUGGCUGCGGAGCCAGGAUCCCGGGCAGAUGUUCCAACUUUUCGCCUCCUCCAGUUUGUUCAGGAGGGAACUUUCUUUCUCUUGCCCUCUGGCUCCGCUCUCACACUGCUGGCAGCUUUCUCCUGACUCAGGAGGCACCGUCCCCAGCCUUGGAGGACUUCAGGGAUUUUUAGGAGGCAAAAAAAGGAGUUCGAACAUAAAGAUCAUCAUCUGCUGAGACGCGGCUCGAUGAGCCCUUUGGACAGCCAGGCAGGGACCCGGCUGAACUGGGAGAGACUCCAGCGUGUUCUCCAGCAAGGGGGUUGUGCGGUCGGUUUAGAAACAGCGGGGAGUCGUUCCAGCGCUGGGACACGUCUUGGAAACUCUUGGAACUGUUCUUAAUAACAUCCCGGAGGAAAUUAACUUGACGGGGCACGUGUCCUCCGUCGGCUCAGCACGAAGAUUAGCUUCUUUCUGCUUAGAAGUGCCCAGCCUGGGUGGAUCACGUUGCUCCUGUUCUUCCCAGGGGUGCUGGAGAGUUGAUCCUGCAAAACUUGCCCAGGGCAAAGGCUGGAGUGGAAGAAGAGCCUGGGAUUCCUGGAGCGUACUGGGAUUUGGUGGCUUCCCUUGGACGUUUGCAUGAUGGCUGUCUAUGCCCUCACGGGUUUCUCCUUUGUCAGCCUGCUGGGUUUCGGCUACUUGUCCUGGGACUGGAUCAAGCCCGGCUUGGUAUCCGAUGUUUCCAUGGACCCAAUGGAGAAAUCCUUGCCUCCCACCUUCACCAGACCGCCUCACAUCAUCUUCAUCCUGACCGACGACCAAGGCUACCAUGACGUCGGGUAUCACGGCUCGGAUAUACAGACGCCGACGCUGGACAGGCUAGCGGCAGAAGGGGUUAAACUGGAGAAUUAUUACAUACAGCCCAUCUGUACCCCGUCCCGGAGCCAGCUGAUCACUGGCAGGUACCAGAUCCACACCGGCCUGCAGCACUCCAUCAUCCGUCCCCGACAGCCCAACUGCCUGCCCCUCGACCGGGUCACCUUGCCCCAGAAGCUGCAGGAAGCCGGCUACUCCACGCACAUGGUGGGCAAGUGGCACCUGGGCUUCUACAAGAAGGAGUGCUUGCCCACCCGCCGCGGCUUCGACACCUUCCUGGGCUCCCUGACGGGCAACGUGGACUAUUACACCUACGACAACUGCGACGGGCCGGGCGUCUGCGGCUACGACCUGCACGAGGGCGAGAACGUGGCGUGGGGCCAGAGCGGGAAGUACUCCACCGUCCUGUACGCCCAGCGGGUGAACAAGAUCCUGGCCACCCACAGCCCCAAGGAGCCCAUCUUCAUCUACGUGGCCUUCCAGGCCGUGCACACCCCGCUGCAGUCCCCCAAGGAGUACAUCUACCGCUACCGCUCCAUGGGCAACGUGGCGCGCCGCAAGUACGCCGCCAUGGUGACCUGCAUGGACGAGGCGGUGAAGAACAUCACCUGGGCACUCAAGAAGUACGGCUACUAUGACAACAGCGUGAUCAUCUUCUCCACCGACAACGGCGGGCAGACGUUUUCUGGGGGCAGCAACUGGCCCCUGCGAGGCCGCAAGGGCACCUACUGGGAAGGCGGGGUCCGCGGCAUCGGCUUCGUCCACAGCCCCCUGAUCCAACGCAAGCGCCGGACCAGCUGGGCGCUGGUCCACAUCACGGAUUGGUACCCCACCCUGGUGACCCUGGCUGGGGGCAACGUGUCUGCCGCGGAGGGCUUGGACGGCUACGACGUGUGGCCGGCCAUCAGCGAGGGCAAGGCGUCGCCCCGCAUGGAAAUCCUGCACAACAUCGACCCCCUCUACAACCACGCCAAGUACGGCUCCCUGGAAGACGGCUUCGGCAUCUGGAACACGGCCGUGCAGGCCUCCAUCCGGGUCGGGGAGUGGAAACUUCUGACCGGCGACCCGGGGUACAGCGACUGGAUCCCCCCGCAGACCCUGACCAACUUCCCCGGGAGCUGGUGGAACCUGGAGCGCCUGACGCACGGCCUGCGCAAGUCCGUCUGGCUCUUCAACAUCACGGCCGACCCCUACGAGCGCUACGACCUGUCGCAGCAGCGGCCGGACGUGGUGCGGGCUCUGCUGACGCGCCUCGUCCACUACAACCGGACGGCCAUCCCGGUGCGGUACCCCGCCGAGAACCCCCGGGCCCACCCGGACUUCAACGGCGGCGCCUGGGGCCCGUGGGCCAGCGAGGAUGAGGCGGAGGAGUGGGAGGGGAUGGGGGAGCGGCUGCGCAGCAAGAACCGAAAGAAGAAGUGCAAGAUUUGCAAGCUGCGCUCCUUCUUCCGGAAGCUGAACACCCGGCUCAUGUCGAACCGCAUCUGACGGGGGCACCGAACGCGACCUCGGGGCGGUGGGGUGGAGAGAGACCGCCGCCUGCUCUCGCUUCCCUGGCACCUGGACACGCUGUUGCAGGACCAGGGGGGUUUUCCUCCUGCUUCUCCUAACUUCUACCUCCCGGGAGCCAUCAGCAGGGAUGGCCACUGGUCUAAGCUGGGCAGGCAUCCAGGGUAGGGGGCACUGAGGGACAGCAAGAGGAGCCUGCAGCCCAGCUCAGUGCCCAUUGUAUCCAACCCUGGUUAACGAGCUGCAUCGUCCUGUGUAUGGCCCAGCCCAGCCCCUCCAGCUCUGGGGGAGGCUAGCUUUGAAUGCAAGGCAGGCAGCGCCCGAGACAGUAAGGGAGGUGGGAAGAGAAGACGGCAUAGGGCGAGCCUUCCUGAUUUGUCUCUCCCUAUAAAGUUUGUUGUACACGUACAAAACUGUGACGCAUGUGCUGCACUGCGUUGCCCUGCUCUGGGCCCUUGGGUGUCCCCACACCACCCCGUUUCCUGGGAGAUGGGUUAACUUAUUUUUAGGGUGCUGGUCCCUGGCUCAGACCCAGGGGCGGCAAGAGGUGCCUAACCCCCAUAAGCACAGAGCGUGGGCAGGCGUGGGACGGUGUGGACAGGCAAAGCACCAGCUACCCGUCUGCAUUAAAAGCAAUGGGGCUUGAGAUGUUUCCACCCCAGAGUGUGCCUAUCAUGCACACAGCCAUGAGUUAUAUGCACACAUGCAUGCCAGCUUAUGUAUAGCGAAAGGGUGCUUACUGCAUACAUGUAUCAUGUGUUUGCCACCGGCACAGUUUAUACCAGUUACGACUUACCCCCGAUCCAGACGGCCUGCUUUAUCCCAGCGUAGCUGACCGCCGGCUGCUAUCGCAGCCCCUCGGAGCCAGGUGGAGGACGUGCUAAUUUUGGGUGUCGAGGCAAUGAGCUUGACCGGGGCUGACUGGCCUGAUUCUCAGGCCCCCGUGCCCCUGCGGUGAUGGGGUCAUGGAAGAGCUGAGCUGCCUGCUGCGACCUGCAUCCCAGCCUCGAAGCUGACCCAGGAGCAGGGGACAUGAUCUCCCUCCCUCUGCAAGGUGUGCGCUCCAGCACUGGUGUUCCCAUAGGAUCCAUCCUGACCUGGUGGCAAAUGCAGUCCAGCCGGGCUAUGGGGGCAGUGGAGGAGGGGUCUGUGCUGGGCUGAAAGUGAGAGGGGUCCCUCGGGCAGGGUGCUACCUGCCUGGCCUGGCCACAGCACGGUCCUCGGUGACCCACAGGCCUGGCUGUAGGGGGAAGAAUACCCAUCACACCGCCCUCCAAGGGGGCUCAACUGGGGGGUCGCCUGCUCAUUCCUCCCUUGGCUGCCUGUUCCUUCAGAUGUGUGCGUGUGUGUACACAUGCACACGUGUGUGCGUACAUCCAUGAUUGCAAGCCCCUGUGUGUGUGUUCUUGGCUGCCUGUUCCUCCAGACAUUACUCUGUGCGUGUAUGUGUAUGUGUCUGUGUGUGUGAGCACGCACGUGUGCCUGUGUGUCUGUGCAUCCGUGAUUGCAAACCCAUAUGCGUGUGUGUUCUCAGCUGCCUGUCCCUUCAGGCAUUACUCUGUGUGUGUGCACCUGUGUGUGUGUGUGUGUGUGUGUGUGUGUGUGUGUGCCUGCACACCAAUGUGCAUGCCCGCAUGUGCCGGGGAACGAAGGCCGGCCAGGAAGAAAGGAUAAAUGGCUUUAAAAGCUUUGCGAGCGCGUGGCGCAUUUACAUUUACACAAUGCGUUUUACAUUUCUCCCCCCAGGUUUCUCUUGGUGCAGCGUGUGUAGGCGAAAGCCCUGCUGUGAAUUUUGAAAAUAGUUAUUUUUGUCUCUGGAAAAUGAGGCCCGUUAGGACUUGUCAGCUCUUGGAUGAGCCGUGUGGGGGGGGGGGGUUUCUCCCUCCCCCCCCUUGCAAAAUAACAUUCAUUUAAAAUCUGUCAGUGAAAGAUGUGACAAUUGGCAGAAUUUCUCCUGAA